GAUUUAUUCAGAAAAGCAAUUCUGCAUCCGGGACCGCCUCAAGAUUUCGCUCUUCAGACUGUGCAACAAGUUAUAAAACCCCAGAAGCAAGUGAAACUUGUUCAGGAUGAAAAUCAGUUGUUGGAGAAUAUGCUGCGGACUCUGCUGCAGGAGCUUGUGUCAGCUGCAGUUCAGUCUGGUGAGGAAAUUAUGCAAUAUGGUCAAUCAAUAGCUGAUGGGGAAACUCGUCAUGGUCAAAUACCCCGUCUACUUGACAUUGUCUUGUACCUAUGUGAGAAAGAACAUGUUGAAGGUGGCAUGAUUUUUCAGCUUUUAGAAGAUUUGACAGAAAUGUCUACAAUGAGAAAUUGUAAAGAUAUUUUUGGGUAUAUUGAAAGUAAACAAGACAUUCUUGGGAAGCCAGAGCUUUUUGCCAGAGGGAAGCUUGUAAUGCUGAGAACAUGCAAUCAACUUCUUCGUCGCCUAUCAAAGGCAAACGAUGUUGUAUUCUGCGGACGAAUUAUAAUGUUUCUUGCUCAUUUUUUUCCUUUAUCAGAACGUUCAGCUGUCAAUAUCAAAGGUGUUUUCAAUACAUCGAAUGAGACAAAAUACGAGAAAGAAGCCCCAGAUUGUAGUUCUAUUGAUUUCAACUUUUACAAAACCUUUUGGAGUUUGCAGGAAUUCUUUUCCAAUCCUGCUUCUAUUGCGCCUGCUCUUACAAAGUGGCAUAAGUUUACUUCCAGUUUGACGGUUGUAUUGAAUACAUUCGAGGCUCAGCCUUUGAGUGAUGAAGAAGGCAAUGCUAUUAACCUUGAGGAUGAGUCGUCAAACUUCAGUAUAAAAUAUCUCACGAGCAGUAAUCUAAUAGGUUUGGAGUUAAAGGAUCCAAGUUUUCGACGACAUGUUCUGGUUCAAUGUCUUAUUCUGUUUGAUUAUCUGAAGGCCCCAGGGAAAAAUGAGAAGGACUUGCCAUCUGAUACAAUGAAGGAAGAGAUAAAAACUUGUGAAGAGCGGGUCAAGAAGCUUCUGGAAACGACGCCUCCGAGAGGAAAAGAAUUUCUUCAUAGCAUUGAGCAUAUUUUGGAGCGUGAAAGGAAUUGGGUUUGGUGGAAGCGCGACGGUUGCCCCCCAUUUGAGAAACAACCAAUAGAGAAAAAGCUAGGUCAAGAUGGAGGCAGAAAACGUCGGCCUCGGUGGAGACUGGGAAAUAAAGAACUUUCCCAGCUUUGGAAAUGGGCAGAUCAAAAUCCGAAUGCUUUGACAGAUCCUCAGCGUGUUCGUACUCCUGUCAUCAUGGAUUACUGGAAACCACUGGCUGAAGAUAUGGACGAAUCUGCAGGAAUAGAAGAAGAAUAUCAUCACAAAAAUAAUCGAGUCUAUUGCUGGAAAGGUUUAAGGUUCUCAGCUCGGCAAGAUCUGGAGGGGUUUUCUAGAUUCACUGAACAUGGUAUCGAGGGUGUGGUUCCUUUGGAGCUUUUGCCAGCUGAUGUGCGGUCCAAAUAUCAAGCUAAACCAGGUGAUCGAUCCAAGCGUGCCAAGAAGGAAGAGACUAAAGGUUCUGUGCAGCAAGUGGAAGAAUCUCAGAUUGCUACACCUGCAAGCGAGACCGACGCUGAUGGAAGCAGAAUUGACCCUGAAGCCUCAGCAGCUCCAACAGACACCGAUGCUAUGGUAGCAUCUGGUAGUCUUUCUCAGGGUGGAACUCCAACUCCAGAUGAACAUCAAAAGCAGAGCUCUGACACAGAUGCUGGUCUUGAAGCAGGCCAAAUUGAAGCAGAUACUGAAGCGGAGGCCGGUAUGGUUGAUGGGGAGACAGAUGCUGAGGUUGAUUUGGAUGUUGUAGCCUGAAAA